AUGCCCAAACAACCGCGCCCGGCCACGUCUGGCUACGCUCGCCUCGCCCAGGCCGAGGAGGAGGAGAGAGACCAAGGAUACUAUGACUCUUUGGACGAAGACGACCCCUAUGACGUGCCACGCACCUUAUCCACCUCGACUCCUCAGUAUGCGCCCAUCUCCGCUCGCGCCCCCGGCACCUUGUCGCCGCCCGAAUAUCGCCGCAAAAGCAACGGCCACUAUCGACGUCGAAAGCGGAGUAAUUCGACCGGUGUCGACAUCAAGGCGAUCAAUGCUCGUCUGGAGCGCUGGGCAGAGGAAAUUGCCUCCAAGUUCAAGAUCCACAAGGGCCGGGGCAAGUCUUCGGAAGACGAGAAACUAGAGAUCUAUCACACCGUCUUCCAGCCUCCCGACGGCGUUCGACCUUACACGGCGGAGAUGUUGGAAUCGGAUGAAUGGGAAAAGAAGCAGCAGCAAGCCCGCGCAGAGUUUGAAGCUAUCGUCGAGAGUGUUCGCACCGCCAUCGACAUGGGCAUUCAUCCGAAGAUGAUCUCCCAGGGCAGCUCUGGUAGCUACUUUGCCCGCAACCCCGAGGGAAAGAUCGUCGGCGUCUUCAAGCCCAAAGAUGAGGAGCCGUACGCUUCGAGGAACCCCAAAUGGACCAAGUGGCUGCACCGGAAUCUCUUCCCUUGCUGUUUUGGCCGCGCAUGUCUCAUCCCCAAUCUGUCCUACGUUUCCGAGGCCGCCGCCUACGUGCUCGACUGUCGACUGCGCACCAACAUAGUCCCAUACACCGACAUCGUCUGGUUGUCCUCGAAAUCCUUCUACUACGAUUUCUGGGACCGGAGAAAGGCAUGGGGAGGCCGGAAGCCGCUUCCUGCCAAGGUGGGCAGUUUUCAAGUCUUCCUGAAAGGAUACAAGGAUGCAACCGUCUUCCUGCGGGAGCAUCCCUGGCCCGAUCAGACCAAUUCGGGUUUCCGUGCUGAGGAUGCCCCGAAGCGGAAGAAGCGACCGUGGAAUGAAGCCUGCCGGCCCUCUGGCAUCCAUUCUGAUGACGAAGAGGACGAAUAUGACGAUGCACAUGUCCGCACGCCGUCUCCCCAAGACGAAGAGCCCCGCUUCUACUGGACCGAGAACCUGAAGCAGUCAUUCCGAGAAGAACUGGAGAAGCUGGUCAUUCUAGAUUACAUCAUGCGAAAUACAGACCGCGGUUUAGACAACUGGAUGAUCAAGGUCGAUUGGAAAACGGAAGAAGUUUCCAUCGUCGCGGACCCUCCCAAGACAAAUGGUCUUGCCGACCACGAUCAUGAUCAUGACACCAUGCCCCCGGCCCGUCCGGUAUCCGUCGAUGCGGAGAGGAACGGUGCGAACCGAAGUACAUCGUCAUUGCCUUACAAACGGCAUGAAACCAUGGUGGCUACGAGCCGGACAGGGACCCCCUCAAGUGCCCUGGAAUCUCGGGCGUCAAUAAAAAUCGGAGCGAUCGACAACAGUCUUUCGUGGCCAUGGAAGCAUCCCGAUGCGGUAGGUCGAUUGGUAUCCCCCCUCAGUGGACAUGGAGCAAAUCAGGCUAACUCGAUCCAGUGGCGAAGUUUUCCCUUCGGUUGGCUUUUCCUUCCCGUCUCACUCAUCGGACAGCCGUUCUCUCAGAAGACGCGAGACCAUUUCCUCCCGCUGCUCACGUCGACCGCUUGGUGGAGCGGCACGCAGACGGCUCUCCGACGGGUCUUUUCUCAGGAUGCCGAUUUCAAGGAAAGCAUGUUCGCCAAACAGAUAGCCGUCAUGAAAGGCCAGGCCUGGAACGUGGUUGAAACCCUCAAGCAGCCGGAUCAUGGUCCCUUGGAACUCACUCGAAGGACGAGGGUGUGCGUCUGGGAUGACCGGGUGGAUAUUCCCGUCGCGAUCCCGCUUCGCGGGCCCUCGACUGAGGCGCAGCGACGCCGGGCGAGAAAACGCGGUCAGGAACAGGAAGAGAUGGAUAUCAGCGCAGCCAUAUCUUCUGAGCAGGCGCAGGAGAACGAUCUGCUGAGCUGGGGUUCUCCGCCUAGCGAGCUUCCAAACCCCAAUCGAUUUGAACUGGCCCGCGGCCGACGCUCUGCCGAACUAGGGAGCAUUGGAGAAGAAGGCGGCAGCCCCCGUGAAUCGACAUACAGUAGUUUCGAUGACAGCAGAGAGUUAGCUAGGAGCUGGGCUGUCCCGUCUUCCCGACCUCGGGGUACCAAAGCAGGAUCUGACUCCGGGCGACCAGAGCGGUCGGGAAGACACGGGCGACAGAGCUCUCUCUCCCAUCGCCGUUCCAGCAACCCGUGGGCCUUUGGAGGAGACGAUCUCGAAGGCGAUCUGGGGUAUGCUGCGGCCGAGGGAAUGGAAGGGACUGAGCGCAAAGUCAUUGUCGAACGCCUGGAGACGGUAAAGAGCAAAAACCCCGUCUUUACAUGGUGUUAA